AUGGUGCAAAACGCAGAAUACUUGAUUAUUAUGAUGAAUAACCCUUUGCUACGUUGCAACACUAUCUACUUACCUACCUACGAAACUACAUAUCUAUCUAUCUAUCUAUCUAUCUAUCUAUCUAUCUAUCUAUUUCAGUAUAUAUUGGUUUGGUUUGGUUUGCUUUGUUUUAUGGCAUAUCAACACCUCAAUGGGUUAUUUAAUGCUGACAAAAUUUUCAUUGUUGGUAAUACUUUAUAUCUAUCUAUCUAUCUAUCUAUCUAUCUAUCUAUCUAUCUAUCUAUCUGUUAUAUACCCGAUCUAUCUAUUUACCUAUCUACUUCUGUUCAUAUCUAUCUAUCUAUCUAUCUAUCUAUCUAUCUAUCUAUCUAUCUAUCUAUCUCUCUCUCUAUAUAUAUAUAUAUUUACCUAUCUUUCUUAAUCCUAAGUGGCAACAAUCUAUCUAUCUAUCUAUCUAUCUAUCUAUCUAUCUAUCUAUCUAUCUAUCUAUCUAUCUCAGUCUUUUCCUUAUCUAUCUAUCUAUCUAUCUAUCUAUCUAUCUAUCUAUCUAUAUAUAUAUAUAUAUAUAUAUAUAUAUAUAUAUAUAUAUAUAUUCCAGGCUUUUCGUUAUCUAUUUAUUUCAGCAUUUUCGUUAUCUAUCUAUCUAUCUAUCUAUCUAUCUAUCUAUCUAUCUAUCUCAGUCUUUUCUUUAUCUAUAUAUCUAUUUCAGGCUUUUCAUUAUCUAUCAAUAUAUGGUAUUUUCAUUUUCUAUCUAUCUAUCUAUCUAUCUAUCUAUCUAUCUAUCUAUCUAUCUAUCUAUCUAUCUAUCUCAGUCUUUUCCUUAUCUAUAUAUCUAUUCCAGUCGUUUUAUCAUCUAUUUCAGAAUUUUAUUUUAUAUCUAUCUAUCUAUCUAUCUAUCUAUCUAUCUAUCUAUCUAUCUAUCUAUCUAUCUAUCUAUCUCAGAAUUUUCAUUAUCUAUCUAUCUAUCUCAGCAUAUAA